GAAAUCAACAAAUAGAUGUAGUUAGGCUAAUGAAUUGAGUAAUGAUCGAAUUAGUGGCACUUAAUGAGAGUCAAAAUUGAUAGUGCUAUUUCUUCGCAUGUAUUAAGCUGUACACGUAUCACUUGGCAGCGCCGUGAAAACAUGCCCCACAAGUCACAGAGCACAACCCCCAUGCAUAUAUAGCAAGAGAAAAAGGAAAAGCAAGAGGAAUUGGUUAAAAUAAAAUAAACGCAAACCAAGGCUUGGGGGACUUAUAUAGGCACACGCCGAGACAUAAAUUCACAUCUCAGAGUUUCCAUACACACUCCGAAAUCGAAUAAGUUGCAUACAUUGAGCUGCGGAAAUGUGGCGGUGCGUCGCUCGUCGACUUCGUGUUCCUCCACCCUCCGACGGAUCCACACCUAAUCACUCUCUUAGAUCUCACUUUUCUAGAUUCUUCUCUAGCGGAGGGAACUCGUCGUACACGGUGGUGGAUCAUAAGUAUGAUGCUGUUGUGGUAGGUGCUGGUGGCGCUGGGUUGAGAGCUGCUAUUGGACUUUCCGAGCAUGGAUUCAACACUGCUUGCAUCACCAAGCUCUUCCCAACUCGUUCUCACACUGUUGCAGCUCAGGGCGGUAUAAAUGCUGCAUUGGGAAAUAUGACUGAAGAUGACUGGAGGUGGCACAUGUAUGACACUGUCAAGGGAAGUGAUUGGCUAGGAGAUCAAGAUGCCAUCCAGUAUAUGUGUAGGGAAGCACCAAAAGCAGUCAUUGAGCUUGAGAAUUAUGGAUUACCAUUUUCCCGUACAGAGGAUGGAAAAAUAUAUCAGCGUGCAUUUGGUGGUCAAAGCUUGAACUUUGGAAAGGGUGGUCAGGCCUACCGAUGUGCAUGUGCCGCUGAUCGAACUGGACAUGCUUUGUUGCACACUCUUUAUGGCCAGGCUAUGAGACAUAAUACACAGUUUUUUGUGGAGUAUUUUGCAUUGGACCUUAUAAUGAAUAGUGACGGAAGUUGCCAAGGAGUAAUUGCCUUGAAUUUGGAGGACGGAACAUUACAUCGGUUUCAAGCUGCUUCAACAAUUUUGGCAACAGGGGGUUAUGGUAGAGCAUAUUUUUCCGCAACCUCUGCACAUACAUGUACUGGAGAUGGUAAUGCCAUGGUUGCACGUGCUGGACUCCCUCUCGAGGAUUUGGAGUUUGUGCAGUUUCACCCAACAGGUAUAUAUGGAGCAGGUUGCCUUAUCACAGAAGGUUCCCGGGGUGAAGGUGGAAUUUUAAGAAAUAGUGAAGGUGAGCGAUUUAUGGAACGAUAUGCUCCCACUGCAAAGGAUCUUGCAUCAAGAGAUGUAGUUUCAAGAUCAAUGACUAUGGAGAUUCGGGAAGGUCGUGGUGUAGGACCCUUGAAAGAUCACAUCUAUCUCCACUUGAAUCACUUACCCCCAGAUGUGCUCAAGGAGAGACUUCCUGGAAUAUCGGAAACAGCUGCUAUUUUUGCUGGUGUGGAUGUUACAAAGGAACCCAUUCCUGUUUUGCCCACUGUGCAUUAUAACAUGGGUGGUAUACCUACAAACUAUCAUGGAGAGGUGGUUACCAUUAAAGGUGACAACCCAGAUGCAGUAGUUCCUGGAUUGAUGGCUGCUGGAGAAGCAGCUUGUGCGUCGGUGCAUGGAGCCAAUAGGCUUGGUGCCAAUUCACUUCUGGAUAUUGUAGUUUUUGGCAGAGCUUGUGCAAAUAGGGUUGCAGAAAUCCAUAGGCCAGGAGGAAAACAAAAACCUUUAGAGAGUGACGCUGGUCAGAAAACAAUUGCCUGGCUGGACAAGUUGAGAAAUUCAAAUGGUUCAUUGCCAACAGCGAAAAUUAGGUUAAAUAUGCAACGGAUAAUGCAAAAUAAUGCUGCUGUAUUCCGUACACAAGACACAUUAGCAGAAGGUUGCCAAUUAAUUGAUAAAGCGUGGGAGAGCUUCCAUGAUGUCAAGUUGAAGGACCGGAGUUUAAUUUGGAACUCCGACCUGAUUGAGACUAUUGAGUUGGAAAACCUUUUGAUUAAUGCCUGCAUCACAAUGCACUCAGCUGAAGCCAGGAAAGAAAGCAGAGGAGCUCAUGCCCGUGAGGAUUUCACGAAAAGAGAUGAUGAGAACUGGAUGAAACACACUUUGGGGUAUUGGGAGAAGGAGAAGGUCCGGUUGGACUACAGGCCGGUGCACAUGAAUACACUAGAUGAUGAGGUUGAGUCAUUCCCUCCCAAAGCUCGUGUGUAUUAAUUUACUUGUACGGUUUAGGCGUAUUUGCUCCACCGAGGAAUGACUGGUGCAACUUGAAAAAAGAUGCAAUAAAUCGCCGUAGAUGCUUGUUGAUUUUUUAUGAUAAUUGUUGCAUUAUUCAUCGAUGCGGCAUCCGCAGUAGACACUGUAUUUGUAGCAGAAAAUAAUAGCAAAUACAAUUCCAGUUACUGGUUUUGUAUGUGGAUAAUAAGUUUUCUGAGUGUAUAUGGCCUGCCAAAUGACGCUUCAGCACGUUUUUGGUUGCUA